UUUCGAUGAGAGAAACAGUCGGGUCUGGGCCCCACCCGGUAGCGAGGAUCCUUUCCCUGGUUGCUAAUGCCGGUGACGACGACGGAACUCUAGGCCGAAGGCGGACCUCGCGAUGCCGGGGCCGAGCAGGGCAGGCGGGCCACGCGGAGGGAGUGCUGGGACCGAAGGUCGAGAGCGGCCGCCACGGUUCCCUCCGGCGCACCUGUCGGCUCAGGGACGCCACCGGAUACACGCCCCGGCCAGUCGGCCCUCCCGGAAGCUCGACCUCCUGACGCUUUGCUUCCGGUUCCGCUGCCUCCUUCCGGUCGCCAUGGCGACGGGGCGCCUGGGGGUCAGGGAGACGCUAGGGGCCCUCAACACGGCCCUGGGGCCUGGCGACCCCGUGUGGUUCAAAGAGACGCGCGCCCGCCACCUGCGCGCCCGAGACUUCCUGGCGCCGCGGCCCGCGCUGCAGGCGCGCUUCGGGGACGAACAGGUGCCCGAGCGUGUGGUCCGUGCGGUCGCCGGCCUGCAAGGCCCCGGCGUGGCCCCGGUGCUGCGCUGCGCGCCGACGCCCGCGGGUCUGGCACUCCAGCUGCAGCGGCCCGCCGUUUUCGAGCGCGUGCUCGGCGCCGUGGCCGCGUAUGCCGCGCCCGCCGCGCCCGCCGCGCCCGGCCCGCGCGUCCUCCUGCACUGCCCGGCGCUGCGCGGCGCUCCUGGCGCGCUCCGCUUGAGCCAGCUGCGCGCCGUGCUCGUGGCCGAUCAUUUGGCGCGAGCUCUGCGCGCUCAUGGGGCGAGUAUGCGGCUGGUGCCCGCCGUACGGGACCCGCACAUGCCGACCUUCCUGCAGCAACUGCGCGUGGACUGGCCCGCUGCCUCCGAGAGAGCCGCCACCGAAGCCCUGAGGAGCCUCGCGCUUGCAGAGCUUAGCCCUGCCCGGGACGGGGGAGCCCUGCCCCCUGGCGUCCUGGGCACGGUGUGCCUGAAGGAGGUGAUGCAAGAACGGGGACGCGCAGCCGGCUAUGACCCCAACCUGGACAAGUGUCUGGUGACUGAGGAUCUGCUGUGCGUGCUGGCCGAGCUGCAGGAGGCUGUCCGCCACGGGCCUGGGGACGGCCCUCCAGGCCUGGCAGCGGCCCCAGAUGCUGAUGCAGGCGGCUGCAUGGUUGUACACGUGGUGAGCUGUGAGGAGGAGUUCCAGCAACAAAAGUUGGACUUGCUCUGGUGGAAGCUGGAUGCGCAGGCUCCGCUCACACAGAGGCACCUGGUCUGCGGCCCAGUGAAAGUAGCUGGUGCACCCGGUGCCCUGACUGCCCCCGAGUACUACGAGUGAGUGAGGCUGGAAAGGAGGCCACGGAGUCAGGACCCGGCCUGGACAGAGGUGUUCAGCGUCCUCUCCGUGGCGACCAUCAAGUUUGAAAUGCUCAGCACAGCUCCGCAGAGUCAGCUCGUCCUGGCCCUGAGCGAUGGCAGCGUUUCCACAAAGGGCACCAAGAGUGGCACCUUCGUCAUGUAUAACUGUGCUCGUCUUGCCACACUAUUUGAGGGGUACCAGCACAGCGUGGAACAAGGUCUGUACCCCACUUUUCCACCUGUGAGCAGUCUCGAUUUCUCACUGCUGCAGGAUGAGGGUGAGUGGCUGCUGCUCUUCAAUGGCGUGCUCCCCUUCCCAGACCUGCUGAGCCAGACCGCAGCCCUGGCGUGCGUGGCCCCGGGGCUCCACGCGACUGCGCGCACCGAGACGAUGUGCAAGUUCCUGGUUCAGCUCAGCAUGGAUUUCAGCUCAUACUAUAACCGCGUACACAUCCUAGGGGAGCCUCGACCACACCUAUUUGGUCAAAUGUUUGCCCGUCUCCAGCUUCUGCGGGCUGUGCGUGAAGUGCUCCACGCUGGCCUAGCCACGCUGGGUCUCCCUCCACUGAACCACAUCUAAGGCCACAGAGACCCCGACAUCUAGGAAUGUUUACAAAGUCAUUACCUGGAAAAAAGAUACAAAGAUUCUGUUAGAGACCUGGAGCCAAAAUAAACUGCUUCUGUUACAUACAAA